AUGUUUCCAUUAGCCAGCUCCUCUUGUGAUCAUCCCACGAGUCAUGCCAUCGAAAUAGGGCUCCCGCCUGAUAUCGUCGAGGCCACCCUACCCUAUUUAUCAACAAGUGACAUCAAAAGCUUAUCCAUGACCAACAAAUAUUUCUACAAGCUGCUCGAUUUUAAGGCAUCAGAUACUCUUUGGCAUGAGCUGUUUAGAAAGUCGUUUGGGUCUCUUCAUUCCAAUGUCGAGCCUUUGGAAUCAAAGACGAAUUCGCAUUAUAUGAGUUGUUGCGAACUGAUUCUUCGGACGCGCUUCCCCGAUGAGUCAUGGGGUCGCUUGUAUCAGCUUAGGGCACUAGAUGCUAAGCUUUACACAUGGGGAUCGCUGAAGCAUGCAAGGUUGGGGUUUACUGCUGCAUCUAACCUCUCAGUGUCGCCAGGUGCCAUAAACAAUGCGGGGAUGAGACUACAGUUUGGCAUUAAUUCUCCAGUUCCGGUUCCUUGGGAUGCUGGCUCUCACGCCCCAACCUUAGAAGAUGAAAGCAUCGCUUGCGUCUCCGCUGGUGGCUUCUCCUUUCAAAUUUUGACCAAAUCCGGAAAACUUUACUAUACAGGCUCAACUUACUCGGGAGGCCAUCGCGGACCAGGACCAGUAGAAGGGGCGCAUGAUUAUAAUCUUUUUCAGCAAAUGAUAACACACACUGAACAGAGCCUUACAAUAUUCAACGGAAGAACUCCGAGACAUGGGGGGCUUGUUCCGAUCAACACUACUAGCAGAAUGCCGCUGGAAAGGCCACAUGAGGAUAUCUACGCUCGAUUCGAGGACUUGGAAGAAUCUUUAGACCAGAGACUUGGUGGAAACAAACAUAUAAGACGUUUAUUCACCAACGACGUGCUGAAAAGGGAUACUGGGAAUCCAAACACCCUUUCGGUUGAUACUAAGACGAUGGAUAAUGUAAGAAUUCAGUCAAUCUCGUCUGGCAGGUCGCAUAUUUUAGCAUUGAGCACGGAUGGUGACAUUUAUUCAUGGGAUGGUCCAGAGGUUGAACGAGGGGUCAAGCUUGUCUUUGAUGGCCUACCCCAUAAGUUUUCAAACCCGAUUUUGAAGAUAGGCUCCGGAUGGAAUUACAACUGUGUGUCCAUUUAUAACAUAGGACUGGUAGUUUGGAGCAGUAGGUGUGCUCUCCAAGAAAACGACACUGAAGCUAAAGCGAACUACAAAGUCAUUCAUGGCACUCAUGAAAUAUGUGGUGAUGAAAAAGUAGUAGAUUUUGCAUGUUGUGCCAAUAUGUGCGUAUUCUUCAUCACAGCAAAAGGCGAUCAACUCUGGUUGUAUUCAAACGAGGAGGUGCAUAAAGUUGGACUACCCUUCCCAGAUAAGUUGGUGAAAUUAGUUGGAUGCUACACCAUGUUAGCAAUUUUCACGACUUCUGCAUGUUAUACUGUAAAUGUUGUUGACGGAAGAGUGGAAGAGACAUCUCUUGUAAAGUUAGAACUGGAAAACGAGGAUGAUAUGUUUGUAUCCCUUGCAACCGGAGACUACCAUACCGUUGCUCUAACGUCUCGAGGUAAAAUAUACACCUGGGGGCUUGAAAGCGAACUUUGCGGAUGCUUGGGUCUGGGAAGUCGGGAUCAAAUGGUAAAUGAGCGACGUGUCGGUAGAAUAGAAAACCUAAGAAGCACGCGCGUCAUAAAGCCCUCACUGGUAAACGUUGACAAUAGAGAUUAUGUUUGCCUGGCGGUUGCUGCUGGUGGUUGGCAAACCGGUGCGUUAAUUUUAGAGUAG